AUGUCACUCGCUUGGCCAUGGAAAGCUUACCUACGUGCACUACAGAGUCACCCAUUGAAGACCAAGAUGACCACUGCGGGAUGUCUCAUGGCUCUCGGUGACGGGGUAGCUCAGAUUGGGAUUGAGGGGAAGAGGUUCAACCCUCGCGAUGGAGAGCAAGCAUGGGAGAUGAUAAGAACUGUCCGGAUGGGUUUCUACGGUGGAGUCAUUUUCGCUCCCUUAGGACAUAUGUGGUUAGAAAGAAUGAACCGAGUGAAGCUUGAUUCCGGUAUCCGAACGUUGUCAGUAAGGAUGGUCUGUGAUGCUUUCCUAUGGAGUCCAUUCGUCUGCGCGUUAUUUCCCACAGCGGUAGGUUUGCUAGAGGGGAAAUCUGUACCCGAGGUGAGACAAAAGGUCAAACUGAUGUGGCUUCCCACUUGGACUCGAGCCCUCUGUGUGUUCGGGCCCACUCAAAUGAUAAAUUAUACUUUUGUUCCUCCUCAACUGCGUCUGUUGGUAUUGCAAUCAGUUGGACUUUGUUGGAACAUCUACCUCUCAUGGUCUAACAACCGACAUAAUCGACAUCCCUCUCAUACCCAACUCGGAAUGGGUACCAUCCCAGGUCUAUCUGGAGAUCCGGAUACUGUCUAG